CAAGAUUUAGACGAGAGACAUCUGUUUAUUUCAGCUGAUAUCCUGGAAACCUUACAAGCUCGUGUUGAUGAUUUAAUGGACCAAAUUAGUUUCCCUUUGGCCGACAGAGGACUGUAAACUGAAGGAAUAUAUCAGAGAAAAUGGCAACAGGAAGAGAAUCUGGACGUUUGAAAGAUGCAAAUCAGAAGAGAGUUCUUGAUGAAGCAGCCCGCCGAAGGAGAAUGAGAAAGGCAUUAGAAGCUCUAGAACUAGAUAAUUUUCAUGAUGAUCCCCAUGCAGAUUUGGUUAUGAGCAAGAAGGUUCCAAAAUUCCAGGAAACAUUAGAAUCUAGAGGUGGAAGGAAAAAGAAAACACGCAGUGCAGAAUACUAUAAACAGAGGUUCCGCAAAACAUUUGCACAAUUAGUAGAAGAAGAUCAAAAUUACAAUCCAGAUCCACCUAAUUACAUAACAGCUCAAGCUGCACCAUCCAAAGUCCCUGAAAGACAUUUCUGUGCUGUAUGUGGUUUCAUUAGUAACUAUAAGUGUAUUCCAUGUGGGGCUAGAUAUUGUAGUGUAAGAUGUCUCGGCACUCAUUUGGACACCAGAUGCUUGAAAUGGACUGCAUGAAAAUGUUGGAAAUAUUGUUUGAAUAUUAUUUGAUGAUAUAAAUUGAAAAUAAAAUUUAACUUUCAUAA